AUGAUGACGCUGCGGCGCACACCAGUACGGAGAUGUUAUAUCGCGAGUGCUUGUCGCGCGUUCUUCUGCGUCGACCCCCUCUGGUGCAGUCUAUGGAACGAUUCUGUCCUUCCUGCCGUCCGCGGCCACAUGAUGUACUUGAGAAGACUUCCUAACGGCGUCCAGCUGUAUGACCUGCAGCGAGGUGGGGCCGACGUGGAUGCGUCGGGCCAGCCGUGGUACCCGCGCAGGGGCUUGGGGCAUGUAGACGGCGAAGGGGGGAAAUUAGAUGCUGCAAGACGCGGUAGCGGUUUUGGAGAAGAUUUCAAGGCACAGAGUAACAAGUACACCAGUAGCACGAGGAAAAAUCUUCAUCCUUCCGCCUCAUAUCAGAAUAAAUUGGAGUUGUAUAGUAGGGACCUACUAGCAUGACGUGUGUAGUACAUAUUGCACAAGAAUAAAUCAUUCUGAUUAUAAUCCUGCCGGCAGAUAAUUCUGAUUGAGCACUAUGGGGAUGGCGGUGGUUCUUUUUGCCUAGGAUAACGAAGGAGUUUUGCGAACUCGACUCGGACGGCGACGGCAUGACCAAUGGCCUCGAGCUCGGCGACCCGUGUUGUGAAUGGGAUCUUGCGACGUACGGGGAUGCAACGGAUUUAUGGCCCGGCGGCCGGACCGAUCUGUCGACCUUGACGCAGCCCGGCUUGGCGGACGAGAAAAGUGUCGUGGACGCGCAAAACGCACUGUAUGGCAAGGCGGUGGUGUGCACCACGGAGACGGACCAGGGUCUCGGAGCGGCAGCCGCGGAGGGCACGGAGAGCACGCAAGAGCAGGGCGGCGGUGCGGAGAGUGGAGAUUGGGCGGACACGGGUACUAGUGGCGGAAACGAGGAGCAGGGCAGCAGCGACACCAAGGGAGGGGCCGCGGGGGCGGGCGACACAAAAUCGAAUUCCAGCUCGAAGAAUGAGGGCGGUGGCGGUUUCUUGUGCUGCUAAAGAAGUAGCAGACGUCGAAUCAUCAUAGCAUUUGACUACAUGAUAAAAACCAUGCUGCUCUCCUGACACGGGCAUGUCCAAAUACUUUUUUUCUCGAAACAUAAUUUUGGCAGUUCUUCGCACUCGAGCGACACACGCACGCAGGUAGAUUUUCAAAACUUGUU